GGGCUGCGGAUCCCGGAUCCCCCCCGCUCCCCCCCGAUCCUCCCCGCUCCCCCCCGCUCCCCUCCCUUUACCCCGUUGCCCCCUCCCCGUCCCCGUCCCCGUCCCCGUCGCCGCCGCUCGCACAAGAUGGCGGGGACCGUGGCCGAGCGGGACGCGCUGAAAAUCGAGGACGGGCAUUUAAACAACUCGCUGGGAUCCCCGGUGCAAGCUGAUGUGUACUUCCCUCGCCUGAUCGUCCCCUUCUGCGGGCACAUCAAGGGAGGCAUGAGGCCGGGAAAGAAGAUCUUGGUCAUGGGCAUCGUGGACCUCAACCCCGAAAGCUUUGGCAUCAGCCUGACCUGCGGGGAGUCGGAAGAUCCUCCCGCGGACGUAGCCAUCGAGCUGAAGGCUGUGUUCACCGACAGGCAGUUUGUCAGGAACUCGUGCGUGGCUGGAGAAUGGGGGGAAGAGCAGUCAUCGAUUCCCUACUUUCCCUUUAUCCCGGACCAGCCUUUUAGGGUUGAGAUACUUUGUGAGCAUCCCCGUUUUAGGAUAUUUGUGGAUGGACAUCAGCUCUUUGAUUUUUACCACCGUAUUGAAACACUGUCAGCAAUUGACACAAUAAAGAUAAACGGAGACCUUCAGCUUACAAAACUUGGCUGAACUUGUUAGGACUGUAGAUUCCAAACCGGCUCAGGUGCCAUCGUCCAUUCGGAGAAGUGACAGCCGGCUCUGGACACAACUAUAGUAGGAAGGCUGCCCCGUUCCUUUUCCAUGUGCAGUUCUUCACUCCCGUGCUGACGAACUGGGCUGUUGUUUAUCCUAACGAAGAACUCUGUUGGUUGAUAGACAUUGAGCCAUUUUUUCUUGGAUCAAAAUAGCCCACCUGUGCUGGAUAAUCAAAUCGGAAUGGCUUCAGAAAGACUUGCAGUCUCUUUUCAAAUCUCCCAGAAAGGCAAUUUCUGAAACGCUGUACUAAAAGCGGUUACUGAACAGCAGUGACAACACCGACGAAAAGUUUUUCUUUUGCAAAUAUUGUUUCUGCACUGAAGUGGAGUAGUGUAGCACAACGUAGGGCCACAUGCUGACGUCCUUACCCAGGGCCUGAGCCUGGUUCCACGGAAAUCAAUGGCAGCUCUCCUAUCCACUUUCCUGGGGUACAAUCAAACUGCUUAGUCCUUAGUCAAGCACAACUCCCAUUGAUUUCUGUGGGAUUUUUGCACACCCCUGGGGGUGAGAUCUUCUGCUGGUGUUAAUCAGCUAACCUCCAUGGCCUGGGAUGGAAUCCCGCUGAUUGCUGCCAGCUGCUGAUUUGGUCCAAGGACUGUGCAAAAACUGAAUGAGGGUGUCAGGACACAAGCCUGUAUAUUUUAGUCAGGGUAUUUGCCUAGAAUGUAGAUUGUUACAAGUUUUUGCACAAUGUACUGUUAAUACAAUUUUUAAAGCUUAUCUGUAGUUUAUUUAUUUAUAAUCAUUGUAUGUAUUGGUAAAAAUGAACAAUCUUACUGAUCGUUAAGAACAGCAAAAUGUAAACAUUUUGAAUGUACAAAAUGUCUUAGGUUCUUUGGGCAAGCUCUACGUAUUAUUCUUGAAAAAUCAUGUUUCCUAUUGAACGUUUAGUUACAUUUUAAUGGAGCCCUCUAGGCCCUGGGAAAAUGCGGGCAUGGUAGUUGGUGGGGGGAGCUCUGCAUAUUCACUAAAAACUGUUUUUCAGGGCUUACUAACUUUGCUGCACAGGAUAGGUUUGAGUUAAAGUCAAUCUGUUUUUAAAGUUUAAACAACCGAUUUGUAGUUUUAGCCAUGCUUUUAUAACUUGAGAAGAAACAUUUGGCAGUCUCUUAGCUCAGCAAGAGAACCAGCCUCUUUCCAGGGGAGAUGGGAGAUUUUUUUGCACUCGUUUAAGAACAUAUUCGGCCUUUGAUAUGACAAUUAAAACUUGUCUAGACAGCCAAGUUAUUAAUGCUUGAAAAUCAGCUACUGCACAUGAAUAAUAACUUUUCAAGUAGCUUUUUAAAUAGUAGGUAUAGCUGUAUAAACACAGUCAUUGCGCUACACUAUAAAUGAACACAACCACUUUUCUUGACGUCUUUAGGACUAAAUACACUUUUUCCUUGGCUGCUCACAGUAGACUAUAGCAGGUCUUUCUGAGUAGUUAUAAUCAUGAUAUAAACAUAUAUUUAGGCAAUUUUGAAAACAUGUAAUAUAGGGACACAGAAUACAAAAACAUCCUUUGUAGCACUGUAUUUAAAAAAAAAAAAAAAAAGAGAGAGAUAAAAAAAUAUCUCACAAACAGAACUAUAUGAAACUUGCAAUAAAGAAGGGUUUUAAGGCAACCAGAACUGGAAUAUCCAAAGUGAAGGGUAGAAUGCCAGUUGCAAAGCCUCAUUUUGCGCUAAUUUGGCCUGCAGUUAAGAAGCCUUAGACUGCAAGCUGAAAUUCCAACUGUGGCUCUAGUCCAAAGCCUGUUGAGGUCAAUCAGAGUCCUCCGAGCACAAAGGCAUAGAAGCCUGAUUCUUACUUCAUGCAAGUGCAAAUCUCUUUGUAAAGCCAGGGGGAUGGUGCUGGUGUGAGUGAGUUAAGAAUCAGGCUGCCACCUACAAAACGAGGGGUAAAAAUUAAAAUUUUAGCCUUAACAUGGAAGUCUCCUGACUUUUUUUCCAAAUUAAGUGAGAAUCUAUUGUUUUCCAGAUGAUCUUUUUAUCUGGUGUGUGACUUUUAAGUUGUGCAUCAGAUUCUGUUUGUACUCCAGACUGAACCUUGGUAUGAAAUGUUGUCUUGCUCUGUUUUUACUCUUUUACAUGAUUCAUGAUGACUGUGUCAUUUUCCAUUGUAUAAAGAAUGCUGACAGUGUUUUGGUACAAAAUAUAUUCUUAAAAAUGACGAUAAUAAAAAUCCAAGGGAAAGGUGCUUCUACAUGAGCUGUUUGGAUUUUUCUCCAGCUGUGACAUGGUUUGCAGUUUCCAAAGCAGACGCAGGCAGAAGAUGAAUUCUGUUUGGAGAGAUGUUUAGUGCCGACCGUGCCUAUUGCUGUCUCCAGCUGUAUAGGUAACGCCAGGUUUCCUCAUGCAGUGGCGCUGCCUGAGGCUGUCCUGCUAGUUCAGAGGGCCAAAAAAUAAGAGGCUGGAGAGAUUUGCACCCUGACCCUGCUGCAGCACAAAACCAAAAGAGACAGCACAAAGCCAAGAGAGAUUCUGCCUCCGUGCCCUUACUGUAGCCCAUAAUAAGGGGGUUGGCAGACCUGAACUUUCAGCCACUGGGGAUUCCUGGUAGCUGCAGUAGGUUAGUGCAGCCCGAGGACUAAUCCUGUCCUGCGGGGGCUUGGCACAGGACAAAGCACAGGCCAGGGAUGCUGAGAUGAACUCUACACAGGUCCCUGUCAGCAGCAAGGGCCUGCUGAUACCACCGUGCCUGGGGUCCCACAUGCUGUCCUGGUCCUGCGCCAGGAGCAGGAGAGGGCAGAAAGUCACAGUUAGGGUUUCCAUGUCUAUUUGUCUGUUUAACAGAAAUUUGGAAGCCUUUUUCUUUUUCUCUUGGGCAGUACCAGGCUAUGGCAGGAAGGAGGAUGCCUGUGAAGCCAAGGGCUGUUCCACGCUUGGUUUACGCUGGCGAACUGCAUUCAGAAGCUCCGGCUGAACGCUUCUGUGUGCAGUGUAAGUCAGAGAAAACUGGGGCCUUAAAUUUUUUUGUUCGGUUAGACUUUAAGCCACAUCAAAAUGGCUAAGAUGGGAGACUGUGCUGCAAAAUUUGUGUCUGAAUUCUUCUGUUUCCAGAAUUUAGGGAUUAUUCAGAUGUUCAUGUUGCAUAUAAGCCCUACCAGACCUGAAAUCAGACUGUUUUCAAAUUGGGACAGGUUUUCAAAAUGUUUUUCAGUAGACACAAAUGUUUCACAGUAGACAACUUUUGAAAAUCUUAUGUUAGAAUUUAUUAGUUGAAUACUUCCUUGGUUUCCUCAGAAUAAGGAAAUUAGUUCUGAAGUGAAACAAGUCUCAAAUAGGUAAAACCUGUGGGGAGUAAAAUCCUUCAAUUUAGCAUAGCUUUAAAAACCACCAAAUUACUUAGUUAUGUCUGUAAUUGGCUGUGAUUAAACUGAUGUCAUAUUUUUUUAAGAAAUAUUGAGCUUCUUGCCUACUCAGAAAGAGCCUUGAAUACUUCAGGGUGAUGUGAGGUAGUCUGUGUCUAAACAUAUUCCACUUAUAUGCUUUUUCACAGCCAAGUUGUUGAAAAUGUUACCAAAUACCUUCUUUUUGUGUCACAACUAGAAAUGUUUGCCCCACCUUGAAAGAACAUUUUGUACUAAAUAUUCAUGUGUUGUCUAUGUGAACUUGCACUAACAUACAUUAUAUUCUCCUUCCCCUCCUUGCCUAGCUUGGGAAAAAAUAGGCGUAAUAUUGCUAAACCGGUUGAAUGUAACAUCUGCUCGAGGCAUAGCAUCUUUCUCAAGGGCUGUUUUGAGUAAACAGCCUGAAAACCAAAGAGAGAGCCUGAUUCACCAUUCUGCUGUGCCAGCUUUCCACCCUUGUCACUCUCCUGAAGUGAGGCUGAGACCGAAGCCCUGAGAUUUUCCUGUUUGAGAGCAGCACUGAGAUUUUAUCUGCCGGGAUUUAAAAACAUUCAGCAUGGAGGAAAUGAGAGCAGAGUAGCCACAGCGCUCCCAGGUUUGCUAGUAGGGUUGUGGCAGUGUGAUGUGCUGGAGUCCUAAUGGAGCACGAGUUUAGAGGGAGGUCGUGGACACUCCAGAGCCAGACAAGAGGAGCUGUGGAGCUGUGUGAGGGUUUCCCCAGGCUGGGUGUUGGACACAUUGUUAGCCACAAGCUCCUGCAACCCCAGAGCGGGACACGCAGCAAAAAUCAGCAUUGCUGACAGGUUUGGAAGGCAGGAGCAGGCUCAUGUCCCUACCUGCCUUAUUUGAAAGAGGCUCCUAAAUAAGCUCUUUGUAUGGCCACCCAAGUCUAGGAACAGUUAGUGACCUGGUGAGAUUUUUUUUGCCGGGUUUUGUUCUGAUUUUCUCACAGGGACCGGGAAGUGAACAGGGAAGAAGUUGCUUUGCAAUGAAUGGUGUGUGGGGUUAGAAGGAAGGCCAACCCAAAUGGGGAGAAAAAAAACGAGCUGCUGACGCUUUUAUCUGGCUUUGAUACACCCUCCCAGCUCCUCCCAGCAAUCACUGCUGUUACCAACAUGCACAAUUACUACAAGGAGGAGAUUCAGUAGCAUGUGCAAGAUCAAAAUAAUAAACUCACGCUUUGCCACAGGUCCUCCCCAGAUUCUGUUGCUACGUCUUUCCAUCUGCCUGUCAACAAAUAGCUAAAUCCUGCUGCCUUUAGAGUCCGUGGCAAAAUGCCUUUUGACUUCCAUGCAGAAAGGUCUGGCAAAAAGGGGUAUUUCCAGCCUUCCCUCUCCAGUUAUUUUCAGCUUGGGCAUACUCUAAAAAUCUGUUAUUUUCAUUCUCCUUAAUUUAUUUUUAAGUAUGAAUAGAGGACUAUUUCUGCCUGCAUUAUCUCUUUGAGUAGAGUCAACAGAAAGCCCAGUCUCUCCCUGCUGCAGUCACACUGGUUUCACAGCUGAUGAAAUGUUUUAUAUUUAUUACUGUCUGAUUUUAAGAAGUGAGGGUGUGCACGAAAUGACCUGGCAAUAAUAGUAACGUGUAUCAUUCACCACAGAUCUAUUUUUAUGUGUUGUGCCAAUUUCAUAAUUAACUUUUAAUAACAAUAAAAUGUGAAAUCUUCA